AUGGGAGUUGCUUCGGAUGUUCUCUACUUUGCUCUUCAUCCGAAUCAACUAGGAGUGCUGGUUCAAUGGAAACUACGACAUGUUCCCAUACAUAAGAGAGACGAAACGCAAGAGUCAGCAACAGCCAAAAUCUGCUUCGAAUUCUUGGAUCAGACAGGUCGCAGCUUCAGCCCCGUUGUUAAAGAGCUACACCCUGAGCUACUUUUGCCACCACUCCUUCGAAACUUCAAUGAUUAUCUAGAUCAAGAUGGCUGGACGUUUACCGGCAAUCGCCCAGAAGAAAAGGAUCGCGCGCUACUGGUGCAGUUUGACAAUGUCAUUACCGAGUUCAGGAAAUUGAAACCAACUUACCAAGCGAUUAUCAAGGAUGUCACUGACGAAAUGGGGAAUGGUAUGGCUGAUUUUGCGAGAAAGGCGGCUCUCGGGGAUGUGAGCGUGAAUUCUGUGGAAGAGUUUGACCUCUAUUGCUGGCAUGUAGCCGGAAUCGUUGGCGAGGGUUUGACUCACCUCUUCGUCGAGGUCGAGAUGGGCGAGAGUACCCUGAUCAAUCACUCACUGUAUAGAUCAAUGGGUCUCCUCUUGCAAAAGAACAACAUCAUCCGCGACAUUCGUGAAGACUUCGAUGACGAUCUGUUCGAACCCAAGUAUCUCAGGAAUGCGCUUAAUUGCAGCUCUGAAAUGGUCUUGAAUGCUAUCAAACAUGCAUCUGACACUUUGUCAUAUCUUGCGGGGUUGCGUGAACAGAGCGUGUUCAAUUUCUGCGCGAUGUCUCAAACUAUGGCUUUGGCUACGUUGGAGUUGUGUUUUCGCAAUCCGGUGGUCUUUGAACAAAACGUUAAAAUCACCAAGGGGGAUGCGUUGCAGUUGAUGGUUGAGUCUAGUCAGGAUCUUGAGGGCGUGGUGAAGGUCUUUUGUCGUUAUGUUCGUCGAAUUCAACGAAAGAACGACCCCGAGGAUCCAAAUUUCUUGAGAAUCAGUAUUGCAUGUGAAGAGAUUGAGAAAUUUGCCGAGACUCUGGCGCUCGAGAGUGUUGAGCUUGCUCAAAAAAAGACCGAAAGGAAGGAGCAUCAGGCUGGGCCUAAUGCUGGACAAGUGAUUGCUGCUUUGGCAGUCGCCUCAAUCUUUGUAUUGGGGAUUUCCUGGCUCAUAGCCCAUAGAAGUUCGCUUUAA